AUAUGGUCAAGCAUUACAUCUGCACAAUUUGCAAUAGAAAAGCAAAUCGUCGAGACAGAAGACCUGUACCGGCAAAUAUUCAGAAAUAUUUAAAGAAAAAUCUGUCAAUUACUUGCACAAUCGAUAGUGUUGUGUGUUCUGGAUGCAGAAUCAAAUUUUAUAGAAAACUUAGAAAACCAAAAGAAUCAGGUCCCGUACCGAUUGAUGAGAGGGGUGAUGCUGGCGAUGCACUCGUUCCGCCGUCCACAAACGAACGAUUCACUAGUCCUCCAUCGGUAAUGCUGAAAAUCUCUUCCAUAAGCAGAAGCCACAGCCGCUGUUUCGUGUGCAAAAGGCCUGGACCAAAGUUGGUGUGCCUUCCAGCAGAAGGGCGCUUUACAGUCUUCCUUGACCACAACAUAUUAGUACCAGCAGACGCAAGGUGUUGUCCAGUCCAUAUUUCUGAUGGGACUCUGACUCAAGACUCUUUUUCAAACAUACAGACGCUGACAAGUACCUCUUUGCUUAAUCGAUCUUCAAUAUGUAAUAUACUUCAAAAAAUGAGAAACGCUUGCCUAAAUCAGAAUACAUCACUUAAUUUUGAUGCAUUAGACGAACGUGAUUAUCCAUCUCUUACUGGGCUUACCAAACCACAGUUUGAUGAUUUUUGCAGUCAUUUGCUUCAACACAUUAAAACAACGCCUAAAAGGUCUCCAAGAACAACCGUUGGACUUUUUCUUGUUAAGCUUUACUCUGGAAUGUCCAAUAAACUCCUGUCUACAAUAUUUGGCUUAAGCAAGUCAAGCGUUCGCCGCGCAAUUGAGACCGUUCGUCUAAUAUCAAUGAGAACAGUUGUUCCGAUAUAUCUUGGCAUUGAAACUGUCCCAAGGUCAACCCUCAUUCAGAACCACACACGCCAACUUGCAAAGACACUUUUCAACGCUGAUGACAACCAACUGAUCCUUGUUCUUGACGGAACAUAUAUUUAUAUCAAUAAGUCAAAUAACUUCAAGUUCCAGAGGCGUUCAUUUAGCAUGCACAAAGGCCGGCCAUUGGUUAAACCUAUGGUUGUUGUUACAACAACGGGUCACUUUGUAACUAUAGUUGGCCCUUACCUUGCAGAUGGCAAAAACAACGAUGCGGCUAUACUGAACCAUAUGCUACGUGCCAAUAUUCAAAACUUCCGGGAGUUUUUACAGGAAGGAGAUAUUCUGGUAGUUGAUCGUGGCUUCCGGGAUUCGCUGACUCUCCUCGCUGACCUUGGAAUCAACGCUGAAAUGCCUGCCUUGAUCAGCAAAGGACAGAAGCAGCUAUCGACGAAGGAAGCUAACUCCAGUCGGCUAGUUACAAAAGUACGAUGGGUUGUUGAAUCGGCCAACGCUCGAAUCAAACGGUUCAAAAUGCUUGCAACAGUACUUCCAUGCAGCCAGGUGCCCUUCAUUGGAGACUUUGUUAGGAUUGUAUGUGCUAUAUGCAAUAAAUAUCUUCCUGCACUGAGUUCACCGUCUCAGACAGAGGCAGAUUCGCAAGUUGCCCAACAAAUGUUGUUGUUGGCUGAACGAGCCAAUACAUUACAAGAGUAUGUACAAGAGUGGUCUCGAACGGAAGUUAAAAAUGACACGUCACUACUGACAGUACGGUUGCAGAGUCGUCACACAAGCAGCAGACGAUAUCUCAUGUGGAUACGGUCCAGUGAUACGGCAGUAGAGGCUUGGUACUGCCAGUGCCGUGCUGGGGCACGAGUUGUUGGAAUGUGCGCGCAUGUUUCGGCCAUCGUCUGGUAUCUUGCUUUUGCUAGGCAUCAAGAAAGCACGCGGUACGGUGUAAGGGACUGGGGUAGUCAUCUAGAAGAUGCCGCUACAUUCCAAAUCGACUCCAGUUCUGACAGUGAUUAA